AUGUCUACCGACGUAGCAGCCACCGCAUCGGCUACCGCACCCGUCACUGCGUCGCCGGCGGCGAAAAAGGCGCCGAAAAAGACCGCUGCGGCGGCAAGUGCGUCGAAAGUGCCGCGCUCGAAGCCGACGCGCCCGCCAACAUCCGAAAUGGUGUGCAACGCAAUUAAAGCGCUUAAAGAACGUGGUGGUUCAUCGCUGCAGGCAAUUAAGAAAUACAUCGCCGCCAACUAUAAGGUAGAUGCCGAAAAAAUCUCGCCGUUUAUUCGCAAAUACCUAAAGAACGCCGUCACAUCCGGCGUGUUGGUGCAAACAAAAGGUAAGGGCGCAAGUGGAUCCUUUAAGCUAGCGGCGCCUGCAUCUGGCAAAGCAGCCGCCGCCGCCGCUGCCGCCUCCGCGUCGGAGGGGGCCGCGAAGGCAAAAAAAGUUGUGAAAACAAAAAGUGCAACCGUAAAGCGCGCAAAGUCGCCGAAAAAAGCGACCGCCGCCGCCACCACCGCUGCAGCGAAAAAGAAGACCGCCGCCACGACCGCCGAAAAGAAGGUAAAAUCGCCGAAAAAAGCACCUGCCGCCACCGUUGAAAAGAAGAAGGCCGGUAAAGCUGCCGCUGCCGCUGCGGUAAAGUCGCCAAAAUCGCCGUCAAAAGCGAAAAAAUCGUCGACGAAAGGUUCGCCCACUAAAAAACCGAAAGCGCCGAAGCCAAAGAAAACCAAGCCGACAGCGGCCGCCAAAACGACGGCAAAGAAAGCCGCCGCGUCGCCAAAAAAGAAAUAA